AUGGUGAAGGCAGACGUACGGAGGGAUUACUAUGCGGACUUGGGUCUAGCUCCCAGCGCGGAGUCUGAAGAUAUUAAGAAGCAGUUCCGGAAGCUAGCACUGAAGUACCAUCCCGACAGGAAUCCAGGAAGGGAGCAAGAGUUUAUCGCAAAGUUCCAAUCUAUUCAAGCCGCCCACGAAAUUCUUAGUGAUCCACAACAACGACUCAAAUAUGAUACAGACCGAUUGCGUGCAGGAUAUGGUAAGGUAUACGGUCCUCCGAGGACGAAUACCCAGCGACGAUCCCAGACCACACAAGCCCCCACAGCCCCUCCUCCGAAGGCUUCAAGGGCCCAGAAUCAACGACCGGCUUACGAUCCGUGGCCCAAUGCCAGCACGACAACACCGAAUGCGUCUGCCGGUGCCCAGAGAUACUCUGCACAUGCUCGUGCGGGCCCGCAAAAAUGGACUCGGGGCCAGGAUGAUGCGCAAACGAGGGCCGACGCGUACAAGGGCUUUUCGGGGAUGAGAGGAGGUUCUACUGCAGGAGCAUCUUGGCGAGGCUUUGAUCCUCAGACUGGACGUACGAGUGCUGGAAGUACAACCGCUGGCGCGUCAAGGCAGCAGAACACGCCCUUCGGGACACCGCGACCAAAAUCCGCCUACGAAUAUUUCAAAGAAACUCACAAGGCGCAGAAUACCACAAGUCCUAACUCAGGUAGGAAGAAGCAAGGAUUUGCACCGGGAACCGCCGGUGGAGGAGAUGAGCCUCCAGCAAGAAAUACUUCAGCUUAUACUCACAACCGAAGUGAGCGGCCGAGCAGCAUGUAUUUUGAUUCUGUACCGCCACCAACCGCAAAGAAACCUCCGCCCGCACCUGAACCUCCACAAUUUACUGAAGAAUUUGAAAGAAACAGGAGAGGUUAUGCGUCAACAGGAGGGGAGAAGACUUUCUUCUCCAGUACACCUUUUGCAAAACCUGCGAGUACGCGCCCACCUUCAGGAAGCUUCCGAUCACCCAACACACGCACCAACCCACCCAGCCCGGUUUACCCCCAGGCAGACGGAAGACACCACAGUGCCAGCCCAAAGCCCAGACGGAGAGACAGCUACUCACCUUCCCCUUCCACCAGCUCAAGUGGCGAAUCGCUGGAGUCGCAGGAUGAAUGGGAGGAAGUAGUGUCCAAACGCAACGGAAAACCCAAGGCCGUCCCCAAGAGUCGCCUUCCACCCCAUCAAAAAUUCUCGGAUUUUUAUCGGCAGGCAGACUCCAGCCCCGGAACUGGUGAGGAACCUUCUACCCGGUCAGGCGGCCAUCGCUAUAAGGACCAGCGCACGCCAACCAAUGAACCCCGGAGACCUCGAAGGGUCGCUGGAUUUGGAGAUCUUACGGCUGACAGCGACGACAAUAAAGGACAUAAUUCAGAUAGCGCCGCGUUCACUCGAGGCUCCAAUCGUGCCCAACAGCCUUCUCAGUCCACAGGCUCCACUGCUCGGACCGACUCGGCACAGAAUACGUAUAAUCCUCCGUCUGCAGCCUUUGGACGUCGGAGCACCAGUGAUGUGAACAGUCUUCACAAGAAAUUUUCUGCUGAAGACUGGAGAGAUCACAUUGAAGGCUUCGAUUUCCUUGGCGCUUCAGCUUCGAAGCUGAAUGCCGCGCGCAAGUCUCCCAACUCAAAGUUCCGUGGCCGUACCAAGCCCCAGUAUGAUUCUACAGAUUCAGUGCCCUCGACAGGGUCCGCUGGCUUAAAUGCAUUUGGUAGUGUGCCUGAAGAAGAGUCCCAACAACCCGCGCAGAAGCCCCCCACGCCAUUUGCACAGGCCAAGUUUUCGGCCGACCAAUGGUCUGAGCAGCUACGUAAUCUUUCUUGGGACGUUCCGGAGUCGGAUAAGCAACGACAGUCGGCACACACUCCACCCCGGAGCCCUAGGAAACAGUCCAGGGCCGGCACCAAGGUGCGGAGUGCUCCGCAGGCUGCAAGUGUAGCUUCCGAAGCCGAUGAGGCGAAGGAAACGAUCAAUGGCACCUCUGUCCCUGGUGAGGUUCCCAAUAUUGAAGAGGUUGAUGGAAAGUCUUGGGCGGCCCCAGAUGUGGAAGCUAUGGAUAUCGAUGUGGAAUCACCAUCCGCGGCAAAGAAGACACCUGUCGGGGGAGCCAAGAACGCAGGCUAUCCGGAUCUGAACCAUGUCCCUCAAGCGGCCACUGCUACAAAUGCAAAGGCCCAACCACCAAGGACUGAUGGCAGCGCGUCAGAAAAAGAGACACGCACUCCACUGUUUGACCUUGAUAACCUUCGCAACACUGCACCAUUCACCAGCACUAAUAGCGGUGGUAUUGAGAAUCUAGAUGAUGUCCACGCCACAUUACCGUUCGAGUCUCGCGCAAAGCAACAGACUACAACCAAACGUGAUAUCCGGCCUCGCGAACUCAUACUGCCCAAUCCCCCGAAACGACCAUGGGCACCACAAACUGUCGCCCUUUCCCCGGGAACAAUGGUUCUCCCGCUUGAGAAAUGGCAAUACUACGUCUCACAAAUGGGUACCUACAUGCACGAUUGGAACAUUUUCAACCGCAAAAUUAUGUCUCAUUUCAACGCCCGACAAGAGGCCGUCGAGACAGGUCUCUCAUCCAAUUGGAUCAGCGCCGUCGGAGACUCAAGUCGCCUCAAGCUCAAUGAAGACGACGAAGCAGACGAGAAGAGUGAGACCCGCACGGCGGACACAUUCGAUGUAGAUGAUACCCUUAUCCCUGGAAGUGGCAAGGGAGGCUUCAGCGCUUACCUGCGCGGUAUCGAGGAGGAUGUCCAGGUGCGGAAGCAUUGGGAGGUUGCAUGUGAGAUGCAUCGGGAAUGCAUUCUUGAUCUUGGACGACUCCGAGAGUGGAUUCGAAAUGGUGGGAAAGUGGUAUCUUUCUCUACUAUAUGA